AGACUGAGAGGUUGCUGGGUGGGUGCUAUGGCCGGGAUCACCACCAUCGAGGCGGUGAAGCGCAAGAUCCAGGUUCUUCAGCAGCAGGCCGAUGAUGCAGAGGAGAGGGCCGAACGCCUCCAGUGGGAAGUGGAGGGAGAAAGGCGGGCUCGGGAACAGGCUGAAGCAGAAGUAGCCUCCUUGAACCGUAGGAUCCAGCUGGUUGAAGAGGAGCUAGACCGUGCACAGGAGCGCCUGGCCACUGCCCUGCAAAAGCUAGAGGAAGCUGAGAAAGCUGCUGAUGAGAGUGAGAGAGGUAUGAAGGUCAUUGAAAACCGGGCCCUAAAAGAUGAAGAAAAGAUGGAGCUCCAGGAAAUCCAGCUGAAAGAAGCUAAACACAUUGCCGAAGAGGCAGACAGGAAGUAUGAAGAGGUGGCUCGUAAGUUGAUUAUUGAAGGAGAUUUGGAACGCACAGAGGAACAAGCUGAGCUGGCAGAGUCCCGUUGCUGGGAGAUGGAUGAGCAGAUCAGACUGAUGGACCAGAACCUGAAGUGUCUGAGUGCUGCUGAAGACCAGUUUUCAACUUUACAAAAGUGGGAAAUUGAUGCACAUUUAUUAGAAAAUACACUUUGA